AGGCAGGGCUGGAGGAGGCCCGGAAAUCCCAGUUGGCCCAGUGGGAGCGGGGCUGCGCUGCUGGGCGAGAUGCGGGGCAAGGACGAUGAGUACGAUUAUCUCUUCAAAGUUGUACUCAUUGGGGACUCAGGGGUGGGGAAGAGCAACCUCCUGUCGCGCUUCACCCGCAACGAGUUCAACCUGGAGAGCAAGAGCACCAUCGGGGUGGAGUUUGCCACCAGGAGCAUCCAGGUGGACAACAAGACAGUGAAGGCUCAGAUCUGGGACACGGCGGGGCAGGAGCGGUACCGAGCCAUCACCUCAGCGUACUACCGGGGGGCGGUGGGGGCCCUGCUGGUCUAUGACAUCGCCAAGUCGCUGACGUACGAGAGCGCCGAGCGCUGGCUGCGGGAGCUGCGGGAGCACGCCGCCGCCGGCAUCGCCGUCAUGCUGGUGGGCAACAAGAGCGACCUGCGGCACCUGCGGGCCGUGCCCACCGAGCGGGCCCGGAGCUUCGCAGGUACGGCCCGGCCCCGCCCAGCCCGGCUGGCCGGGGCUGCCCCUGAGCUCCCUGUUCCUGCAGAGGAGAACGGGCUGUCCUUCCUCGAGACGUCUGCUCUGGAUUCCACCAACGUGGAGACAGCUUUCCACAGCAUCCUGUCAGAGAUCUACCACACGGUGUCCCAGAGGCAGAUGAGUGGCCAGCCAGAGCCCGAGUUCGGCCCCUCCAGCGCCAUCGAGCCCAUCCGGGUGCUGCCCACGCAGCAGGAGGGCCGGCAGGGGCCCUGCUGCCACAUCUGAGCCUGGCUGCCCCAGCUGCACCCCAGCACCUGCUGGCAUCCCCCUGCAGCCCUGCCAGCACAGCUCCCUGAGCACUGCAGGCCGUGUGUGCCCCUGUGUGCAGCAGAUCCUGCAGGAGCAGCAGGGACCAGGCGUGUCCCCUCUGUCCCCAAGGCUGGCAGCAGCCAUGCCCUGUGUCCCUGCUCCCUCCAGCCUGCAGGCACAGUCACUGGGUGGCACUGAGCAGCCUGAGCACGGCGAGUCCCUGUUUGGUGACACCUGCCCUGUGUGCAGCCCGUGGAGGGGAUGCCGGGUGCAUCCUCCUCCUGCUGAGGCCAGCAGUGAUGCAGCCAGCUGUGCCUGCAGCACUGGGAGCUGUGGGUGCUGCUGGGGCCAGGGUGGGGCGUGGGGAUGGUGUUUUUGUCUUGUGACCCUCUCCCUGUGGCAUGAGCCCAGCAAAGGGGAAAGCUGUGACUCUUCCAUGGAAAGAGAUAGGGGCAGGAAGCCCUGAGGAGGGGACAGGGGGCAGAGGGUGGGAGCCAGUGUCAGCACUGGGGACCCCUCAGCUCCAGCUGCAAGGACCCCCAGCAUGGCCUGGCCCUUCCUGCUGGGGGCACAGCACCCCUGGAUGGGGUGUCUGCUGCACUGCUGGGAUGGCAGUGGCAUUGUCCCCUGCACCCUGCAGGGUGGGCAUCACCAGGGUGCUGGGACAGACUGUGCUGAGCCCCCUGCUGCAGCCAGGGCCAGUCAGGGGGGUUCAGGUGGGAAAGGCUGACCCAGCACUGGGAGUGUGGCCCCUGCAGCCAGGGGUGGUUGGCAGGUGUCAGUCAGGGGGGUUCAGGUGGGAAAGGCUGACUCAGCACUGGGAGUGUGCCCUCUGCUGCAGUGUGGGGUUUUGGGGGGGUCUCUUUCCCUCCACAGCUGCCCCCAGUCUCUGCAUCUCACUUGGCUGUGCCAGUAGGAUCUGUGCCAGGGUUCCCCCUUGGGGCAUGAUUUAUCAGUGAAACAGAAACUGAGGCAAAAUCCCCAAAUAAAGCUGCUGUUGAAGCCUUU